ACACUGCUCUCUUCGGCCCAGGUUCGUGGGUGGCUUCGCCGAGCUCCGGAGCACUCCUCCAGCUGUUGGAGGAAAGGGGGGAAAAAAAGCUGAUUUUUCUCUGGAAAUUCCUUGGCAUAACCCGCAGCUUACGUUUUCCUGACAUCUCCAUCAGAUUUUAGUGGAGAGUUGGAGAGUGAGAUAACCUUAAUUUUCUGUAAUUUUUGGAUUUGGGACUUUUGCUGUUGUUCUUUCUCUCCCCCGUUUUUUAACUGUUAAGCCAACCCAGUCCAAUCAUGGUGAUGUUCAAGAAGAUCAAAUCUUUUGAGGUGGUCUUUAACGACCCUGAAAAGGUGUACGGCAGUGGGGAGAAGGUGGCUGGCCGGGUGGUAGUGGAGGUUUGUGAAGUCACUCGAGUCAAAGCUGUCAGGAUCCUGGCUUGCGGAGUGGCGAAGGUCCUGUGGAUGCAGGGAUCCCAGCAGUGCAAACAGACCUCCGAGUACUUGCGCUACGAAGACACGCUUCUCUUGGAAGACGAGCCCACAGGUGAGAAUGAGAUGGUGAUCAUGAGACCUGGAAACAAAUACGAGUACAAGUUCGGCUUUGAGCUUCCUCAGGGGCCUUUGGGAACAUCCUUCAAAGGAAAGUAUGGGUGUGUAGACUACUGGGUGAAGGCUUUUCUUGAUCGUCCCAGCCAGCCCACUCAAGAGACCAAGAAAAUUUUCGAAGUGAUGGAUCUAGUGGAUGUCAAUACUCCUGAUUUAAUGGCCCCUGUGUCUGCUAAAAAGGAGAAGAAAGUUUCCUGCAUGUUCAUUCCUGAUGGGCGAGUGUCUGUCUCUGCCCGAAUUGACAGAAAAGGAUUCUGUGAAGGUGAUGAGAUUUCUAUCCAUGCUGACUUUGAGAAUACAUGUUCCCGCAUCGUGGUCCCCAAAGCUGCCAUAGUAGCCCGCCACACUUACCUUGCCAAUGGCCAAACCAAAGUGUUGACGCAGAAGCUGUCAUCGGUCAGAGGCAAUCAUAUCAUCUCAGGAACCUGUGCAUCGUGGCGUGGCAAGAGCCUUCGGGUGCAGAAGAUUAGGCCUUCUAUCCUGGGCUGCAACAUCCUUCGAGUUGAAUACUCCUUACUGAUCUAUGUCAGCGUCCCCGGCUCCAAGAAAGUCAUCCUUGAUCUGCCCCUCGUAAUUGGUAGCCGGUCAGGUCUGAGCAGCCGGACAUCCAGCAUGGCCAGCCGAACCAGCUCUGAGAUGAGUUGGGUAGAUCUAAACAUCCCCGAUACCCCAGAAGCUCCUCCUUGCUAUAUGGAUAUCAUUCCUGAAGAUCACCGAUUGGAGAGCCCCACCACUCCUCUGCUAGAUGACACAGACAGUCCUCAAGACAGCCCUAUUUUUAUGUACGCUCCCGAAUUCCAGUUCAUGCCACCACCUACCUACACAGAGGUGGAUCCCUGCAUUCUCAACAACAAUGUGCAGUGAACACGUGGAAGAAAAGAAGCAGCUGUACUUACUUAUUUCUUUCUGCCUCUCUUCCUGGACUCUUACUUUUUCAGAGACUCAACAGUCUCUCCAUUGGGGUAUGGGUCCACCCCAGCCUCUGACUCCCAGUGUAGGAGGUGAUCAGCAGGCGACCUCCUGGGCCUUAAAAUGGUGCACGCUCGUCCUCAGCCAGGGAGAGGUUGUGAUAGGGAGUGUUUGCUGGAUGGGUUUAAAAACACACUACAAAAAUUCAGGCCCAUCCUGUUUUCUCAGAUCUUGAAAAUUAAGGCAUUUUUAGUAAGUUUGAAUAAGGGGUAGAAAUGGCCUCCUGACAUGGUCUUCCCCGGGGUUUUUGAAGGGGAUUCUGUAUCUUGAACUCUUGUGCCAUGUGGAGCAGAGCCACUUUAGCAAAUUAGGAAAAGGAAAAAAAAUUAUGGCCAAAAUUUUGGGACAAGAAGGUUCUUAAAAUCAGUGUUGCCCUUUGUUUUACACUUACAGCAGAAAGGAAAGAAAAACCUUCCAGAACUUGAUGUGGUUUGAACUUCUGGAGAAGAGCUUCCCAUGUGAAUUAAAAAGAAGCUCUAAGGUUGUCUUUGCUUCGAAUGUACUUUAAUCUGGCUUAACGCAGUUGUAACCAUGCCCCACCAAAGGUCUUAAAAGCCAUUUUUUGAGCCUAUUGCACUGUAUUCUCCUGUUGCAAACAUUUUCAUAUGGGAGAAUGUGUUUUUCUUUUCAUGUGACUCCUUGGACUUGCUUCUGAGGUGAUAAUUCUUGGCACUUUAGUUCCUUUCGAAAAAAAUUUUUUUCCCUAUCUCAAAUGUAAGCUAAAACU